UAUUUCAAGAAGGGCGCCAUCAUUACUGACAAACCUAUUCUCUUUGAAUUUCUUUUAAAAUUAUGGAGUCUUCUGGAGAUGAGUCCAAGCUAUAUCCUGACCUUCCUGUGGUUAGUUCGCUGGUUGGUUUAAAGAGAAAGGUCGGCAGUGGAGACCCGAUGCCCUCUCCUUCUGAGGCAACCGUGCAGUAUGAGGAUAAUAAAGAAAAUGAAUCAUUGAAGAAGCAUAAAUUGUCAAAAGAGUCCCUUGAAAUAUCUCUGCUAGAGGAGGCCAUUGAAAAGGAGAGGAUGAUCAGGGAUGGUGCUUCUAAGAUGCUUACUUUGUCCAAAAGUGUCAGACAGAAUAUUGAAUUAUCAAAGAGUUUGUUUGUAUCAAACAUGAAGACACUCUCUCUCCUCAAGCAGUUACAGCAAGUUAAACAAGGACACAAGGACAUUGAAAUUGAUAAUGUUGGCAAUGUUGACAAACCCUGUCUAGCUAAACUAGCAGUAUCAGACAUUAGGAUCCCUCUCCAAUGGAAAGAUUUUGAAUCUUCAAAAGGAAAAAUUGAUUCUAAUUACAAGGUUGGAGUUUUUUGUCUUUUUCGUCUUGGUAACCAGGUGAUAGACACGCCCACUUUAAUUGAGGUUGACAGGUCUAUGGUCGACAUAGCAUUUCCUGAUUUUAUAAUCUUUCCUAAUAAAGUGGAGCAUGACUUCAAGCUGAUAGUUGAACUCUAUACUUCAGUACCAAACCAAACUGAUACCGGUACUAGCUUAGGGAGCAUGUCAGGAACACCCUCUCGUAAGGACUCCACUCCACUCAAAGUGCUGAAGAAAAUAAAAAGAGACCUCUCCUAUGAUCAUUUGUCCUCUCCGUUAUCAACGUCAACCCUAUCCCUCUCUCCUUAUGUCCCUUCAGUACAAUCAGCCAACCCCACCCACUCAUUCACUAUCGCUGGACACUCUCAGUUCACGCUAGACGAUGUAAUGGGAACAUGUCGCACUUAUAAACUGACAGUUGGAGCUGUAGGAUCCAGUGGUACUUCUUCAUCUACUGGUGAUCAUAUUUUGCUGCCUCUCUGGGGUCAGAUCUGUUGCUCUAUAAUGGCUGAACCAACUUGUGCUACACAACCUCGGGCCACUGGAUUCAUUAACAUACAACAAAUGGUCUCAGGUUAUCCAGCUUGGUUAAGGCAGUGGUGUGUGUUGAGACAGCACCACUUGAGGUGCUGGACCUACCCUGAAGACGUGGGAAGGAAAAUGCCAGUCAGUACCAUCAACCUCACCAAAGAUAUGACAGUUGAGAAUGCUCCUAGACUAGUAAUGAGACGACUUAAUACCCUGCUUGUCAAAGAUCACGAAAGAGAUGAUGAGUAUUACUUCUCCUUUGAGAGCAAGGAAGAGAGAGAAGCUUGGUCUGCAGCUUUCAGACAGGCUAUCCUCGAUCUCAAGAUAUGGAAGGACUCGAGUAACUUUGUCAUACCAAAGAGCAGCUCUGGAAGUAAAUACUACUCUUCAAGCAACGAUGGAUUACUGGAUAACACUGGAGGAGCUACUUUUAAUAACAAAAGAAGUGGAGCUGCUUUCUCUCAAUACACUCCACCAACAGAGACUGUCCUUUAACACUGCAACACUCUAUUCUCUUCCUUUAUUGACACAAAUGCCAUUAUUAUUAUUAUUAUUAAUAUGAUUAUAUCAACUAUGACUCUUCAUACAUAAUUAUACAAACUGUCUUAUCAUUGUUGUCUUUGUGAUAUUAGAAUCCUUUCUCUCUCUUAAUCCACCUGGUCUACUCUACUGUAGUGUGCUAACUUCUCUUGUUAAGUUAAAAUUAUUUGAAAUAUUUGGAA